GGGGACGCCUGAGCCAGCGCCGCGCUCCGUUAUUGAGGCUGGAAGCGGCGACCCCAUCGCUCGGGUCCACAGAGCUGCGGAUCCAGGCUCCGCCCCGCAGGUGAGCGGGCUCAGCACCCUCUGGCCCCACAGAAGCAGGCAACAUGCCUAUCUCCAAGUGCUUGAAGAAGUCGGAGCCCCUGUGGAAGGGAUGGGACCGGAAGGCCCAGAAGAACGGACUGAGACACCAGGUGUACUCGGUCAAUGGUGACUGCUAUGUGGGCGAGUGGAAGGACAACAUGAAGCAUGGAAAAGGAACACAGAUCUGGAAGAAGAAAGGAGCCAUCUAUGAGGGAGACUGGAAGUUUGGGAAGCGAGAUGGCUAUGGCACCCUCAGCUUUCCUGACCAAGAGAUGGGAAAGCCCAGGAAAGUAUACUCUGGUUGGUGGAAAGAUGAUAAAAAAUCGGGCUAUGGGAUUCAGUUUUUCGGACCCAAGGAUUAUUACGAGGGUGAGUGGUGUGGCAACCAGCGCAGCGGAUGGGGCCGCAUGUACUACAGCAACGGCGACAUCUACGAGGGCCAGUGGUUGAACGACAAGCCGCAUGGGGAGGGCAUGUUGCGUCAGAAGAACGGGAACCGCUACGAGGGUUACUGGGAGAGAGGCAUGAAGAAUGGGCCAGGCCGUUUCUUCCACCUGGACCACGGUCAGCUGUUUGAAGGCUUCUGGGUGGACGACGUGGCCAAGUGUGGCACCAUGAUUGACUUUGGACGUGAUGAGGCACCCGAGCCCACCCAGUUCCCCAUUCCUAAGAUCAAAAUUCUGGACCCUGAUGGCGUGCUGGAGGAAGCCAUGGCCACGUUCAGGAAGACAGAGGAAGACUGAUGCCAGGUGAGGGCCGGGCCUGCGCCCCAGCCUCUGAUGUGGUUGAGGCAGCUCCUGGAGUCUCCUUUGGCCAAGGAACUCAGGGGCAGGAGCAGAGGGGGUGUUUCUUGCCUCCUGCAAUCCAUCCGGUUCGUGCUGGUUCCUUCUCUUCAAAACUCAUUUCCUUGAGGAGCAGUUCGCUCCUGAAUGCCCUUGAGUAAGGUGGUUUGGCCCAGGCCUGCACCUGACAUCUGUCCCAGCCCCUCGGGGUGUGGGAGUCAGUGCAGUUUGAGAACAGGGCGUUGGUACAGCAUCUUGGAGUCGCCAGCUCCCACCAGCCCCUUGCCCCCGCAGGGAACACACCAGAGCUUUCCGGAGAAAUUCAAGUCCGUCACCCAACUGCUCAAACCGGUGCAGCUUCUGCAGAAGGAGCGAGUGGUGACUCGGGGCACACCCUUGGCACCCUCAGAGGGCACCUCACUCCUCCCAGCACUGGGUAACCCUCUCCCCAGCUGGCUUUCGGGGCCCUCUUGUUACAGCCUUCAUUCUCGGUCACCAUUCCUGAGAGCAGGAGUAUAAAGGAGAACCCGGUGGCAU